AUGCGAUUUCGAAUUGCGUUAGCCGCAGGUAAGUGGCAUUCAAGUGCGGGCUGAGGACAAAACAUAAAUUAGAGUUCAGUAACAAGAGAGGGGAUGAGUUCAAAGUCCCGAAAGGCUGAGAAAUCAAGUGUUUUUUUGGAAAUUUUUGCCAGUGUAAUAAUCGAACAAGGGAAGCCGUGCGAAAACACACCACCGCUACGCUACGAAAGGAGCGGUCAAAGGAGACCACAUCAAAGGAGAUCAAGAUUAAUGGCCACUUGCCUGCGUCAAACACCGAAGAAAUAAUGAUCGAUAACUUCCGGAUUACGCAACCGAAUGAGACUCAGAAGAAACUGUGUAGAUAAAAACUAGGUUUGGAAUUUGCUAAACCCAAAGUACAAUAAUCGAAGCCACUAUAUAAGUUGCCCUCGAAGUCAAUCGAGGAACCUUCCACAAUAACUCUUGUAAUUAUUCUCUCUAAUAAGCUUUAUCUAAUUCUCUAAAGUCGACCACGAAAAAGGGAAUCUAUGUAAUUGAGCGGCGCCACACCCCGCGACUACCCCACCUGGUGCCCGAGGCCGACCUACCCAUAUGGGACGUGAGAACAAUCAUCCUGCUCAAUACCCCGUUGCAAGCCCGCCCAACAGUGAUCGCAAAUCUAUCCUUACCCCAUUGGGGUAUCAACCAAGCCACGGAAAUUGUUCAACUCAAGGCCGUUCAGGUCUGCUCGCGUGACCCGUUUGCGCUCCGCGAACUUCUGGAGCCGCCUCAGCCCACGGCGGUUCUCAUAGAUCGCGAGUUAAUGGCCUCGGCCGAACUGCAAAGGCUCAUACACGUGGCAAGGAUGCAACAACUGAAGCUGGAUAUCAACCCGCCAAGACGAGAACGAAAGGGCCCCUUCUAUUCUGGAACCACUCGAAGACACCAUCGAUUCGAAUUCGACAUACAUAAUUUGGGGAACACAUUCCUGCUACAGACAGUGACCAUGCUCUUCCUGCUCGAAGACCAGGGGCUAAUAUGUAUAUUUAGCCCCGGGUACUUCGAGCAUGGCCCAGCGUGUGCGCCAGGAGGACAGCGAAGGAGAGAUAGCCUGGUACUACGAGGCAGCACCACUUCCCACGGCUUCCCUUGUUCGACUAUUACACCAGCAUUCGGUUAG